AGUCGGGCGGAUACAUGGAGGUGGAAACAGACCGAGAGAGAUGGCGACCACGAUUGGCGAGGGAGACAGGCACCCGAGGAGACGGAGUCUGGAGGGGACAGAGACAGGGUAGCAGAAACUCAUAGGGAUGGAGACUCAGAGACCGUCGGCGUAGAUGCAGACUUGGCGGGACGAAUGAACCUCGCAACUGGAGAUGAAUCCGGAGUUGGGGUAGUCAAGGUGUUUGCCACCUGGUCCUGGUGGUGCUGAGCCUCCGGUUAGAUAGAGUCGUUGCCCCCGGGCCACCUCCUGGCCCCCCUCGAGUUCCCCCAGACCCUCGGGCAGACCUGGACAGUGCGGUGCUCCUGACGCGCUCCCUCCUGGCGGACACUCGGCAGCUGGCUGCACAGCUGAGAGACAAAUUCCCUGCAGAAGGAGACCACAACCUGGAUUCCCUGCCCACCUUGGCCAUGAGUGCAGGGGCACUUGGAGCCUUGCAGCUGCCAGGUGUGCUGACUAGGCUUAGAGCUGACCUGCUCUCAUACUUGCGGCAUGUGCAGUGGCUGCGCAGGGCUGGUGGCCCUUCCCUGAAGACCCUGGAGCCCGAGCUGGGUGCUCUGCAGGCUCGGCUGGACCGGCUCCUGCGAAGGCUGCAGCUCCUGAUGUCCCGCCUGGCCCUGCCCCAGACAGCCCCAGACCCACCAGCGCCUCCCCUAGCCCCACCUGCCUCAGCCUGGGGAGGCAUCAGGGCCGCCCAUGCCAUCCUGGGGGGAUUGCACCUGACCCUGGACUGGGCCGUGCGGGGGCUGCUGCUGCUGAAGACUCGGCUCUGACCUGGGACCUAAAGCCACCAUCAUCCUUAAAAGCCACAUCUUAUUUAUUUAUUUAUUUCAGUACUUAGGGUGUGAGGUCAGGGGAUAGCCCCUCUCAUUACCCACCGUAGUUAGAUACAGUCCCUCCAGGAGACUUGGGUGGGGGGCACCUGUGCCUUAUUUAUACUUAUUUAUUUAAGGAGUGGGGGAUGGGAGGCAGGUGAACUCAGGUCCCCAAGGAGGAGGGAACCAGGAUCCUGGAUUCUUGGAUCUCCAAGAAGUCUUUCCACAGUGUCUUCCUGACUUCCACCCUUCUGGGCCUGGGCAGGAGUGUAUAUUAUUUAUUAAACAAUUACUUUUUAUGUUAUGGUGGGGAGGGGGGAAAGGAAGCCUGGGUGUUCAUUCAGAAAUGUGAGAAACCUUUGUGAGACAAUGGGGAAUUAAACUUGUCAUACCUAUACACUUAGGGGUGACUUCUCUUAGGGUUGGGGGCCUGGAUGCUGGGGUCCCUGGGGCAGCAGGAGGCAGAGGUCCUGAGUGGGUAGAGCAGGGGAGGGGAGACUGCAGAGAUUGCAACCAUGCACCAGGCUGCCCCUAAUUGUCAGCCACUCAGACAAUUCUACGGAGGCAGGGGUCUGGGCCUCAUCUGGUGCCCAGCACUGCAUAGGUGUUCAAUAAAUAUUUAAUGGAAGGUUCCAGAAGGUUACCCUGUUACCUGCAUGGGCAGAGCUGUAGGCUGGUAGCUGUUCAUUUUGACAUUGAUCCCUAUGACAAGUUGGAAACAACCUAGAUGCCCAGCUGUGGGAAAAUGGUGAAAUAAGACAUGGUACCCACAGCAGGGAGCAGCAUCUCCUGCUCACGGGAGGCUUCAGACAUGCUGGAGACACCCAAAGAUGCCCUGUGGCCUGAAGCAGCAGGAUGCAGAACCACUGAGUGACCCCGAUUUUGCAUUUCUCUUUAUGAAUCUUUCAAAAAUGCUAGAGGGAAGUACAAUGACAAUGGCUAACUCUGGGUGGAAGUGAGAGAUGGGAUGUGGGUCACUUUUAUUGUUUGCGCUUGUCUGUAUUUUCCAGAAUUUCUACCAUGACUGUAUUUUGCAUGACACAUUUAAAAAUAAUAAUAAACAC